AAUACUAUUGAGAAAAUCCUACUUGCGGCGAAAUAGAAAGAAAGAGAUGGCAACAGAGAAACCGGCCGGACUCUUUGCCGCCGCGGCUCUCUCCAUAGCCCUCGUCUCCUACCUUCUCUUUUCCCACCAAACCUCGGCCAUUCUUCCAUGGAGAAAAGCUCCCCGCAAAUGCCCUCGCAGGAAACGCAAGGAAAGGAGGGGCCUUGUCGAAGCCAUCGGAAACACGCCUCUAAUCCGAAUCAAUAGUCUCUCCGACGCCACGGGGUGCGAGAUUCUCGGGAAAGCUGAGUUUUUGAACCCUGGGGGCAGCAUUAAGGAUCGCGUCGCGGUUAAAAUUAUUGAGGAGGCUCUGGAGUCUGGAGCUCUUGUGGAAGGUGGCAUAGUGACCGAGGGGAGUGCUGGAAGUACUGCUAUAAGCCUGGCCACUGUUGCUCCUGCGUAUGGAUGCAAAUGCCAUGUUGUCAUCCCAGAUGAUGCGGCUGCUGAAAAGGCUCAAAUUAUUGAGGCUUUAGGAGCGAAUGUAGAAAGAGUAAGACCAGUUUCCAUUACACACAGAGACCACUUUGUUAAUGUUGCCAGGAGGAGGGCCUUGGAGGCGAAUAAAUUGGCUGCAAAACUUGGAGAAGCUUCUGAAAUCAAAGACAAUGGCAUGUCAAAAGACUACUCAAAAGGAGGUUUCUUUGCUGAUCAGUUUGAAAAUUUAGCAAACUUCCGUGCCCAUUAUGAGGGCACUGGUCCUGAGAUAUGGGAACAGACAGAAGGGAAUUUGGAUGCCUUUGUAGCUGCUGCUGGAACUGGUGGAACGGUUGCAGGAGUUUCACGAUAUCUUAAGGAAAAGAAUCCUAAUGUGAAAUGUUUUCUAAUUGAUCCACCUGGAUCUGGACUGUUUAAUAGGGUCACUAGAGGAGUUCUGUACACAAAAGAGGAGGCUGAAGGCCGCAGGCUCAAGAAUCCUUUUGACACCAUCACUGAAGGAAUUGGAAUCAACAGAUUGACAAAGAACUUUUUGAUGGCAGAUUUAGAUGGGGCUUAUCGAGGCACUGAUAAGGAAGCUGUCGAAAUGUCCAGGUAUCUUCUUAAAAAUGAUGGUCUUUUCAUUGGAAGCUCUUCAGCUAUGAACUGCAUUGGAGCUGUUCGAGCAGCACGGGCUUUAGGACCUGGGCACACAAUAGUAACUAUAUUAUGUGACAGUGGGAUAAGGCAUCUCAGCAAGUUCUACAAUACCCAAUAUCUAACUGAUCUUGGCCUAGCACCAAAUGCAACCGCUCUGGAGUUUCUUGAUCAUCCUUAAGACAAUACUAAGCCGAGAGUCCUUCCUUAGCUUAAUUGAGCUCAAAAGCUUAUUCCAGUAGAUUGGUGAGGAAACUUGCAGUGCAACAUUGGAGUUUUCUUGUUUUUGCGGUGCAAGAGUUGAGCAUGGCGGGGAUUGUGAAUUGCUGGACCGCUGCUCGAGUAGAAAAAUUAUUUUGUGCGGAUAUCGGAUGUCGUCCGGAAGCGAAUCAAAGCAUGCUACUUCACUUUUUGCUGUGUACCACGGUUGUAUAUCGUGUCUGUGUACCCGUUGUGUACCGGGUGUCAUGGUGUGCUCUGAUUCGCCUCCAGACAGUCCGUUGUCCGCACAGAAUAAUUUCUCGCUCCAGUGAGCCUAUUAAUUGUAAUAUAGCCUGGUCUUUUGAUAUCUUGGUCCGCAGAGCUUGCUAUUCUCAAGCGUAUUCUUAUAUGGGCAUACAAUAUGAAAAUAGGAAAUUGCUUGUUUAAUUUGCACUCUUUAUGAAAUUACAUGCGUUGGUAUAA